AAGAGCACGUUGGUUAGAUUUUCAAACUGCAUUCGCAGAAGAACCACCGAUUGGCAGAAGACGCUUCAUGUGAGGGAGCAAAAGCAAGCAGAGAGGCAGCGGAAGAGCUAUGAAAAGCCACAGCCAUAAGCACAAGAAUGAUGCAAGGAAUUCACCAGCAGCAGCAGAAACUAGCGGCUCUCCUCGCGGUUGCUCUUCCCAAAGACGAUUCUACUCCUCAUCCAUCUUCUUCCCCCGCAACAGCUACCACAACAACGACAACGACGACGACAAGUACUAAUACUGCAACCAUCUCAGCUCCAACAUCUGUGACGACUGGAACUGGUGCUAACUCGGAGGAUGCUGACUCGGCUCGACUCACCGCUAUCAACUCACUCCAUCGAGCGAUUCUUUAUCCUCCCAACUCGCUCCUCGUUGCUCACUCUGCCUCUUUUCUAGCCCAAGGCUUCUCUCAACUCCUCGCCGACAAGUCAUAUUCAGUGAGGCAGUCUGCAGCUACUGCAUAUGGCGCCCUUUGUGCUGUGGUAUGUUCAAUCCCGAUAGGCUCAAGUGGAAGACAAAAUCAUGUUAUGCUCGGCAGUUUGGUUGACCGGUUUAUUGGGUGGUCCUUGCCAUUGCUUAGCCAUGUCAAUGCUGGAGGUGGAACCACAGAACUGGCGUUGGAAGGCCUACGUGAGUUUCUUAGCAUUGGAGACGCAAAUGGAAUUGAAAGAUAUGCUUUACCAAUUCUCAAAUCAUGCCAAGAACUUCUUGAGGACGAGAGAACUUCAAUGAGUUUGUUAUGUCAGCUUUUGACUGUUCUAUCUUUGAUAUCUUUGAAGUUUUCUAGGUUCUUCCAUCCUCAUUUUCUUGACAUUGUUGAUCUGCUCCUUGGGUGGGCAUUAGUACCAGACCUUGGAGAAUCUGAUAGACGAGUUAUUAUGGACAGCUUCUUGCAAUUCCAGAAGCAUUGGGUCAAUGAACUACAGUUCUCUCUAGAAUUAUUGUCUAAGUUCCUGGGUGACAUGGAUGUACUGGUUCAAGAUGGUAGUCCUGGAACCCCACAACAAUUUAGGAGAUUGCUUGCCUUGCUUUCUUGUUUUUCAACAGUUCUACAAUCCACUGCCUCUGGAUUGCUUGAAAUGAAUAUGCUUGAACAAAUAAGUGAACCCCUUAUUAACAUGCUUCCCCUAUUGUUGGGAUGUUUAUCUAUUGUCGGAAGGAAGUUUGGCUGGUCAAAAUGGAUUGAGGAUUCAUGGAAAUGCUUGACUCUUUUAGCCGAAAUAUUGGGUGAAAGGUUUUCCACCUUUUAUCCACUCACUGUUGACAUCUUAUUCCAAAGUCUGAAGGACAGCUCAAUUCAACCUGUAGGAUCUGGAAAACUUACCUCUUUUCAAGUUCACGGUGUUUUGAAGACUAAUCUGCAGUUAUUAUCCCUGCAAAUGCUUGGACUUCUUCCAUUAUCGGUGCAGAAAAUACUUCAUUUCGAUUCACCAAUAUCUCAACUGCGGUUACAUCCAAAUCAUUUAGUCACAGCAAGUUCUGCUGCCACUUACAUUUUCUUGCUUCAACAUGGGAAUAAUGAAAUUGUUCAGCAGGCAAUAAGCUUGUUAAACGAGGAGCUGGAGCUAUUAAAAGGAAUGCUUGGGAAAAUAUUAGGUCACGAAGAUGAGACUAACAAUAUCAUUAGCUCCAAAUUUUACUCAAAACAUGAAUUGUUUGCAUUAAUCAAAUUUGAUUUGAAAGUUCUGUUAAGUUCUCUGUCAUUGAGUGGAAGUGGCAGUUUGAUUGGCCAACCGGAAAUAUCUGCCUUGUAUAUUAAGAGGUCAGAAAAAUUGGGAUCUUUUAUUAUGGAGAAACUCAAUCCUUUUGAAUCACCAUUUCAGUCAUGCGUGGAGUUACAAGUUAAUGUUAUCAGGGCAGUGGACAGGCUAUCAGCGGUUGAGUUCUUGAAUAAGUGUGCCACAAGAGACCAGAGUAAAACUAAAGAUCGUAUACAUGUUGCUGCUGAGGAGGUUCUUAAUGGCAAGAGUGUCCGGGAUGGGGUUUUAGCUCCCAUUGUUGAGCAUAUAAGGAAGUACAGCUUGAUCCUAGUCAAAGCACUUAAUGUAUCUUCUCCUCUAGCAGUUAAAAUAGUAUCCCUACAGUGGAUCCAAAGAUUUUGCGAGACUCUUAUUUCUACUUAUGAGAGUUCAGAUGCAGGCAUUCACUUUUAUGAAGCAUUCACAUAUAUUGAUGUUGUUGGAAAUGUGUUCUUUUCAAUUUUGGAUGUUGCAUUUGAUAGGGAACCAAAAGUGAGGUCACAUGCUGCAUUGGUCUUGGAAUUGCUUCUGCAAGCCAGGUUGAUACAUCCCACAUUUUUUUAUCCCAUUGCUGAAGUAGUCAUAGAAAAGCUUGGUGAUCCAGAUAUCAAUAUAAGAAGUGCAUUUGUUGGGCUGCUUUCUCAUGUAUUACCUGCUGCAAUGUAU